GAUAACUCUAAUUGCUUUUUUCACAUUCUCCUUCAGUGAAGGAUGAGGACAUUGCAAGCUGAGCAUGCACCUUUUAUUAGGAGAUUCAAACUGCAUCUUGCUGGAUUACCCUCAAAAGUCCUAACAUAUAAAGUCUGAUGGAUCGCUAAUGGGAGGACUUCUUUUUCUGUUUAGAAUACUUUCUGAUUCAACUUAUUAGCUCAAGAAGAAAAGAAGCUAGUUGUUUCUCACCCAGCAGUGGAUGUGUGGUUGGCCUUGCCAUGGUUUCCUGCCGUGCCUGGAACCUCAGGGUGAUGGUGGCUGUCGUGUGUGGGCUACUGACUGGCAUCGUUUUGGGACUGGGCAUCUGGAGGAUUGUGGUCAGGAUCCGCAGAGGAAUAUCUGCUCCCUCAUCAAGCAUCCCUCCAGACUUCUGCAGGAAUGGUGGGACCUGGGAAAACGGCAGAUGUAUUUGCACAGAAGAGUGGAAAGGGCUGAGAUGUACAAUGGCUAAUUUUUGUGAAAAUAGUACAUAUAUGGAUUUUACUUUUCCCAGAAUCCCAGUGGGCAGAUAUGGAUCGUCCUUGGAAACAUGUGACAAGAGUACUCCAAACGCGGGCAAUCCAAGGGCAGUCCGGCUGUGCAGUCGCUCUCUGUAUGGAGACAUAGAAUUACAAAAUGUGACAAUAGGAAAUUGCAGUGCAACUCUGCAAAACCUGGAGAAUGAGGUAGGGGAUGCGAAAGCACCACUUGAUAGCAUUUCUUCUCAAGUCCAGGUAUUAACAUCGAAUGCCAAUCAAUUAACUGCUGAGAACAUCAUUAGUGCUACACAAGUGGUUGGACAGAUCUUCAACACAUCCAGAAAUGCUUCACCUGAGGCAAAGAAAGUUGCUGUAGUAACAGUGAGUCAACUCCUAGAUGCCAGUGAAGAUUCUUUUCAAAGUGCUGUUGCUACUGCUAACGAUGAUCCCCUUACAACGCUUAUUGAGCAAAUGGAGGAUUAUUCCUUGUCUUUGGGUGAUCAAUCAGUGGUGGAACCUAACAUCGUGAUACAGUCAGCAAAUUUAUCUGCAGAAAAUAUGCCUUCAAGUGUUCGCUUCUCUGUGCAGAAAGGAGCUAGUGGUUCCCUAGUUUCUGGUUCAACAUUUAUACAAACAAACGUGAGCGGCCUUAAUCCAGAUGGAAACACUGAACUGCAGAUUUUGCUUAACAUGAAAAAUGGGGGAAACGCCAAGGCAUGUGGCUUUGUAGUUUAUCAAAAUGACAAGCUUUUCCAAUCAAAAACUUUUAUAGCUAAAUCAAGUUCUAGUCAAAAAAUUAUCUCAAGCAAAACUGAUGGAAAUGAGCAAGGUCAGAGUGCUUCUGUUGAAAUGGCCUUUAGUCCAAAGUACAACCGAGAUGAAUAUCAACUCAAUUCCUAUGCCUGUGUCUAUUGGAAUUUUGCAACUAAGGACUGGGACACAUAUGGCUGUCACAAAGAAAAGGGCACUGAUGGAUUUCUGCACUGCCACUGCAACCAUACUACUAAUUUUGCUGUAUUGAUGACUUUCAAAAAGGAUUAUCAAUAUCCCAAAUCACUUGACGUAUUAUCCAACGUUGGAUGUGCACUGUCUAUUACUGGUCUGGCUCUCACAAUUAUAUUUCAGGUUGUUACCAGGAAAGUCAGAAAAACCUCUGUAACGUGGGUGUUGGUCAGUCUGUGCAUAUCAAUGUUGAUUUUCAACCUCCUCUUUGUGUUUGGAAUUGAAAACUCCAAUAAGAACUUGAAGACAAGUGGUGACGUUGAAAAUAUGGACUUUACCGAUAAUGUGAUACCCAAGACAGACACCAUUAGCACCCCAAAUCCCACGUGCACUGCGGUUGCCACCUUACUGCACUAUUUCUUGUUAGUGACGUUUACCUGGAACACACUCAGCGCGGCACAGCUCUAUUUCUUUCUCAUAAGGACCAUGAAGCCUCUUCCUCGGCAUUUCAUUCUCUUCAUCUCAUUAAUUGGAUGGGGAGUCCCGGCUAUAGUAGUGGCUGUAACGGUGGGAGUUGUUUAUUCUCAGAAUGAAAAGAAUCCACAGUGGGAAUUAGAAUACCGGCAAGAGGAAAUCUGCUGGCUGGCAAUUCCAGAAAGCAGAGAUGUAAUCAAAAGUCCAUUGUUAUGGUCAUUCAUCGUACCUGUAGCCAUUAUCCUCAUCACUAAUGUUGUUAUAUUUAUUAUAAUCUCAGUCAAAGUGUUGUGGAAGAAUAACCAGAACCUCACAAGCACAAAAAAAGUUUCAUCCACAAAGAAGAUUGUUAGCACAUUGUCUGUUGCAGUUGUUUUUGGAAUUACCUGGAUCCUGGCAUAUCUGAUGUUAAUUAAUGAUGAUAACAUCAGGAUCGUCUUCAGCUACAUAUUCUGCCUUUUCAACACUACCCAGCUUAACACUUAUACAGAAAAAUCCAACCCUUAUGAAUGCAGAUUUGACCCAUAG